GAUGAUAAUCGCCUUAAAAAUACAAUCUAUCUUUACUUCAAAACAAAUAUUUUAAACCUUCAUACUUUUUAUAAAAGUAAGAUAAAAACUCCACUAAGUGUUCCAACUUCUGCUCUACACAACAGAUUCGCUGUGUUUUCUCGAGUAUUUUGUUUUAAACGUGUUCUUUCCCAUGUGAAACGACGCAUGAGUGUAUAUAACAGGUCUAGUGAAGUCAAACGAAUCAAAGAUAACCUUGCAUUAAUAAAUAAUGAGAAGACAUUGUUCGCUUAGAUCAUCGACGAGGAAUUUCAGCUCAACUCAUUGAUGAGGAAUUUUCUGAUGUCACGAGUAAAGUUUUAGAAAUUUUUGUAUUAGAGAGAAUAUUUUCGCAGUGAGAUUUUUGUAGGUUUUAUCAGAGGUGGCAACGUAGCCUCGUUCUUGAGACAUGAAACUGUUGCUUUUCUGCCUUUCUUUGUUUCCGCUAAUCGUUUCAAGUUCAGAUUAUCUCGGAUGUUACAAAGAUGGCUCUCCACGUGACCUCUUACAGCGAUUACAUCAUAAUAAUGUGACGGUGGAUAAUUGUGUGAAUGGUUGUUAUGAUCAGGAAUACGAGUAUGCCGCAGUCCAGUUUUCAUAUCUGUGUUUCUGUGGCGACCAUUAUGGCAGGUUUGGUAAACUUCCUGACGAGAUGUGUGACAGCAAGUGUAAGGGGCCUGGAGACCAAUACUGCGGAGGAGAUUGGAAGAAUUCCAUUUACGCUACAGGUUACAAGGGAAAGAAGAAAAAGCAUAAUAAACGAGAUCAAGUUGUUUUGUUUGACCGUCCAAAGGAGAUCAAAACAUCCAAAUUCGUGGAAGACACAGAAAAGAAUGACGUCAUUGGUUCAAAGAAAUCUGACGUCAUCACCACGUCUCAUCACCCCAGGUCAGAGAUGCCAAACUCUUUCGACGCCCCACACGUUCACAUCAACCCCACCGAAUACAAUCAGAAUAACGUCCCUGGCUCCCCUGGGGAAAGUAUCAGCGCAUUCCCCCUUGCCACAAGUGCUCCACCACUAGAACAGAAUACGGUUCAAACAACUGGCAGCGAGCCACCUUUAGAACAAACAACGACAACUGAACAGUCCAUUCCCGGGACUUAUUCACACACGGUAGAAAUGACCCCGGAACAAGGAACUCAUGUGCAACCAGUAGAAACCAUCACCGUACAAACUACCUCGCAAAGUAUCCCGGAGAUUAGUACUCCACUCGGAGGAAAUCCGGGACAAAGUACCACUGUAUUAAAUACUCCGGUAGAAUACCCAUCGAUAGCUGCGACCCCCAUGAAACACAAGCCGAGCGGGAAAACUAUAUUCACGCUCCCUGUUAUCGAAACCUUACCAGCUGGUAGUAAGCUAGUUGCCCCAGUAUUAGUUAAAUUACCCAUACAAGGACUUCACCAUGACAAGAAAGGCGUUAAAAUUAACUCUACCGUCGUAAAUGGUACCGUAGUUAAAAUAAAUGGCACUUUAUAUCUCGUGCGUGGCAGCUUAACUAAGCUGAGCAAGUCAGCUCAUGCUAACAAACUUGUCGGAAGCCUGGUUGCUGGGGUGGCUCCAAAAAAUACGAACGAGCAUUUGGUUAAUGCUGUCCAGGCUGGUGUAACCGCAGAUGAUGGUGAUGAUGGUGAAAUGUUCAGUUAUGAUGGUACUUCAUCCACGACCCUUGAGGAUAAACCAUUUGACGCUCACGUGAUUAAGGAGAAUGUGAAACACACGGAACCGAAGACUCCGCGGAAAAAGAAAUUACCAGGUGGAAAACCAACAUCAGUUGAAAGUCCAGCAUCAGUUGAUAGUCCAGCAUCAGUUGAUAGUCCAGCAUCAGUUGAUAGUCCAGCUUCAGUUGAUAGUUCAGCUCCAGCUUCCUCCAGCACAACACAACCCCUCAACAACCUACCCGCGACUACAUCCGAUGAAAAACUGGAUAAUUUGAAUCCUUCAUCGUCUCCUCCACCUCAUCCACCUACAAUUCAUUAUUACCCUCCAAAACCCUUAAAGGUUCCCCCAUCAUUAACAGAUGUACCUGAACUAACCAUGAAUAAAGCGAUCGCCGCCGAAGCUGUUGGGUUUCAGGACACGACGUCCCAGGACGAUCAUAAAAAAACGGCUUGUCACAUUGAGCGUAAAAUGGCGGUGAGCAUGGGCGAUAGUUUCGUUCCAGUGUGUCAGGAUGAUGGCAGCUACGCUCCCGUGCAGUGUUUUCAACACACAGGAUUUGAUAGACAAUGCUGGUGCGUGAAUGACAAGGGGGAAGAGAUUGGAGACACGAGGACUACGGAUGGCAGCACACCCACCUGUGAGAAAGAGACGAAGAAGAAGAAGAAGAAGAUUUCUGCUGAAGUGAAGUAUUUGACGUUAAACUCAGCGUCGACAUCGGGAAAGUCGGGGAAGGGUUCUCGGAAAUACAUAGUGGAAUCACACGUCAAAGCCAAACUUUCCCAAUGCGAAGCGGAAAAGAAGAUUUCGAGGAAUCAAAAAGAUAUAUUUAUUCCGGAAUGUGAACGCGAUGGCAGUUAUAAAGCUCUGCAAUGUUUUUCGCACGCGAAUUACGGGACACGAUGUUGGUGCGUGAACGUAAAUGGUAGAGAAAUAGCCGGGAGUAGUGUCAGGGGAGGAGAGAUACCUGACUGCAAAAAAGCACUUUCCAAAGCAUUGUCAACAUAUGACCCUCACUGUGGGGAACACGGCUGUUGCGCGGAUGGCAAAACUCCGUCACCUGACCCUGCUAUGGCUGGUUGUCCUGAAAAUCUUUACAACAAACCAAAAGAGUCAGGAAAGAAAGUCACGUCAACUAAACCAUCCAAAUCUUGUCGAACAUCAAAAUAUGGUUGCUGUUCUGAUGAUAAAACCGCUGCGAAGGGAGAAAACAGCCAAGGUUGUCCUGAGCGUCAGAAAAGUGAGAACGUCCCGUGUUUUGAAGUUGUAUGUGGUUGUUGUCCUGAUGGUGUGACUGUUGCCAUGGGACCAAAUUAUCAAGGUUGUGCCCUCAAUCGACCGUCAAUUCCGAAAGCCAAAGACAUUUGUGGCUCGUUUGUUUUGAAGCAAGUUUGGUUUGAUAGAUUAUCACAAAGUUAUGAUCGCAAUUACCAACGAUAUGCAAGCUCGUUGAAAAAAGAAAUUACAAGCAUUUACUCGGUGGAAAAGGAUUUUGAUCGUGUAAAAAUCAAUGGCUUUGAGCCUGGUUGUUAUCCCUACGAUCCAAAAAGAGUGAGCUCUGUAAUCGUCUACUUUACUCUGCAUUUUGCUAAAGCUGUCGACCAUCCUCUCAAACCUCUUCAAGAUCACUUUGAUCAAAACAAAACUCUGGCAGGAAAAGAGGUUUUUCCUGAGUCACUAAUGCUGACAGGUAUUGCAGAGAAUGCUAAUGGCUGUCAACCGCUUAAGCCUUCAAGUCAAACUAAACAACAACCAUCUGCACCUAGUCAAAGACCAGCACCUUUACCUCGGCCUACUUCCCCGCCACCAACUCCUUCACCUUCACUUCCAAGUGCCAAAUCCCCCAGCAUUCCUGCUCCCCCGAAGAGCCCUCCUGCUCCACCAAAAAGCCCUCCUGCCCCACCAAAAAACCCUCCUGCCCCACCAAAAAGCCCUCCUGCUCCACCAAAAAGCCCCCCUGCUCCACCAAAAAGCCCUCCUCCUCCACAACCUAACCCUCAACCUCCUGCCCCACCCAUUAAACCAACACAACGUCCUCCUACACAACCGUCUCCACCAAGACCACCUGAAACACGUCUUCCCCCUCCGCCCACAUCCCAGCCUCCUAAGGGCCCUUCACCCUCAGAGUCCACCCCUCUCCCUGACUGGGACCGCCUUGCACUUUACUACACCUUCGACAACCACAAAUUCCCCUUCAUCACGGAUAUGUCAGGACACAGUAACAUGGGACAAAUGUCCCCGGGGGUGAAUGUCAUCGGCGUUCAGAAUGGCUGCGGUCUGGCAGGAACUUUUAUCGGAGGUUCAAUAACCGUAGAUGGUAGGAGAUUUCAUCCCAUGCCUUCUCAGGCAGUCACCAUUGCCUUGUGGGUAAAAUUUUCAACUACAAAGGGUGAACAAACAUUAUUCACAACGUCUCAACAAGGCUCUUACGCGUCGAAUUAUUAUUUGGCCUCAAAAGACGGUCAAAUUAAUUGGCGCCACAAAAAUGAACUGGGACAGACUCUGUUUAAUGUUACGUCAUCUGAGCGCACAGUUCUUGCUGAUCAGUGGACCCAUGUUGCUGUGACAUAUGAUAAUAGUAAAGGAGAAGCAGUAAUCUACGUGGAUUCCAAGGAAAUCACCAAAGUUAAAGCAAAGGGUAAAUUGACUCAAGACUGGGCAGGAGGAACAGAAAUUGGUAGUUGUAACGGACACUAUCCCUUUCAUGGCUCGCUGGACGAUUUUGUAAUUUAUACCACCGCUUUGGAUUUGAAAACUAUCAAAAAGCUCUCUUGCACUUGUUCUAUGAAAGCAGGUCCUGGUACUGAGAGCAAAGUCACAGAACAAUGUCACCGUGGUCCCAAACCCCCACUCCCCCCUCCGACAAAAGCAACUAGCAAUGUACCCACCACUCUCCCUCCGGGAAGAGCACCUCCUCCUACAAGAGCACCCGCAUUAUCUCCCACGCGCCCCGCACCUGCCCCACCACCUGCCCCUCCACCUUCCCCACCACCUUCCCCUCCACCUUCCCCACCACCUGCCCCACCACCUGCCCCUCCACCUGCCCCACCUCUUCCUCCUCCUGGACCAAUUAAUGGCGGAUACACUGACUGGUCAGCGUGGACUGGAUGUACAUCAUCGUGUGGAAGCGGGAUGCAAGAACGAAUCAGAAACUGUACGAACCCAAUUCCCGCCAAAAGUGGAAAAGAUUGCAAUGAUUUGGGCCCUGAUUCCGAAACAAGAACGUGCAAUGCCCAGCCUUGCCCAGUUGAUGGAGGUUUUACUAAUUGGUCUCCAUUCACUCAAUGUACGAAGACCUGUGGCGGAGGGUCACAACUCCGGACCAGAGAAUGUAGCAAUCCAAAGCCUCAAUUUGGUGGCAAAUCAUGUGAUCAUCUUGGAGGUGUCCAGGAGUCAAGAAAGUGCAACACAUUCUUCUGUCCAGUGAACGGUGAUUACAGCGAGUGGACGGAAUGGGAGCGAUGCAGCAAAACUUGUGGAGGGGGUAAACAGUUCCGUUCAAGAACGUGUACUAACCCCCCGUCACAGUAUGGUGGGAUGAACUGUGACGCUAAGGGACCCCCGAGAGAGGAACGAAUUUGUAGCACCAACCUCUGCCCAGUGGAUGGUGGGUACUCAGCAUUUGGUAAUUGGUCAGUUUGUUCCGUGACUUGCGGUGGGGGUAAUAUGACGCGAACACGCUCAUGUUCCAACCCCGCCCCAGCAAUGGGGGGCAAAGAUUGUUCUCAAUUUGGAGCACCUGUCGAAGCUAUGAAAUGCAACGAGCAACGCUGUCCAAUCGAUGGUGGGUUUACGCCGUUUGGCGAGUGGUCAGAAUGCAGCACGACCUGUGGGGGAGGUGUACAGUCACGGAUGAGGACAUGUACGAACCCCACACCACAGUUUAUGGGGAAAGAUUGUGAAGGUGCUUUGGUGGAAACUAAGAUGUGCAGUGUCCAACCAUGUCCAGUUGAAGCAGGAGAUGGUUUUGGAAAGUGGAGCGAAUGCAGUGCCUCGUGUGGGGGAGGGGUGAGGUCAAGAAGUAGCGAGUGUGGAAAUAAUCCUUCAUGUCAACCUAAAACAGAAACACAAAGCUGUAAUAUACAACCAUGCCCAGUGUCUGGAGGUUUUACAUCGUGGGGAGACUGGGGAAAGUGCAGCUCAUCUUGUGGUUCAGGCAUUCAACAACGAACGCGGUUGUGUAGGAAUCCUGAACCCAAACAUGGUGGAAUGGGUUGUGAGCUGCUUGGUCCUUCGUUAGAAACAAGAAACUGCUCUCUGAAAGAAUGCCCAGUGAACGGUGAUUACUCCAUGUGGACAUACUGGACAAUGUGCUCCGCAACGUGUGGUGGGGGGAUACGAACGAGAUAUAGAAAUUGUACCUCACCAUCCCCAGCAUUUGGCGGCAAAGAUUGCUCGGAGCUUGGACCCGAACAAGAGACGUCACCUUGCAAUCCAGACCGCUGUCCAGUUACCGGUGGUUACAGUAACUGGGGCGAUUGGACAAACUGUACAGCGAAGUGUGGUGGAGGGGAGCAAGUUCGUAGUAGGACAUGUACGAAUCCUGUCCCUGAAUUUGGUGGGAAUGACUGCACUCUGGGUGGUCCAUCCUUGGAGAAACGAGAAUGCAACAAAGUUCCUUGCCCAGUGCCUGGUGGGUACACCUUGUGGUCGAACUGGACUGAGUGUUCAAGCACUUGUAACGAAGGUGUGCAAUACAGAGAAAGACAGUGUACAAAUCCUCCACCUCAAGACGGAGGGAAAGAUUGUCUGGCAAUUGGCCCAGCGACUGAUAAGAGAUCUUGUUUUAUCACCAAAUGUCCAGUUUAUCUGAACGAGUCUGAUUACACCGAGUGGUCAGAAUGUACGAAGUCUUGUGGAAUGGGAGUACAGUCGAGGGCGAGCAAGAAUGGAGAGCAAACUCAAUCACGAUUCUGCAACACAGAUCAAUGCCCUGUUGAUGGUGGUUACAGUCUCUGGAGUGAGUGGAAGGACUGCACUGCCACUUGUGGUGGAGGACUGGCUACCAGGCGGAGAACGUGUACAUACCCGGAACCUCAGUUUGGUGGUAAAGACUGUCUCUCUGCCAUUGGACCAGACACUGAGACUAAAACAUGCAACACUAAGGAAUGUCCUGUUCCAAAAGUGCCAAUCCGUUCAUGUUUGGAAUAUAAGCGACGUUGUCAUGACAAUGUGGAUGGCGUCUACACGAUUUUCAAUAAAGACGGUGGGGAGACUAGAGCCUAUUGUGACAUGACUAAAGAUGGCGGUGGCUGGACAUUGUUAGUCACGUCGCGAUCUAAAACUGGUUGGGAUGACCGAACUGUCCUUUUGAGAAACGAAGAGGAACCCAGUAUUACCAAUGAUUAUUCGAUUUUAAAAUACGCGGACGGGAUAAGAAGUAUUGCCACAGGGGGAUUUGAAUUUCGACUUGAGUCUUCGGAACGAGGCUCAAAUGGUGGGAUAUGGAAGGCUCCUCAAGGAUACAGUUUCACAAAGAAAGAUAAUUCUCAGGUGAAAAUACUGGAUGUCUCAAAGUUCGGUUCCUGGAAAUAUGGUAAAGAUAGUUUGAGCCAGCGAAUGCCUUGGCUGUCAAGCGGUAGUUCCCUGCUCACUACUUCCGAGGGAAAACCGGGGGGGGAGUUUGGUUCGAUCAUCAGCAGGAGCAGAGAUCCAAACGCCCCCACCUGGAUAAAAGAAACUGAUCCUAAUCCUACUGUAGUUUGGUACUGGAUCAGAGAGUCACCAGGUCCUCUGUACGAAAAGGAUCCGACAAAGAAGGACAAAAUGUGUCCCAAACCAGUUGAUGGUGGAUAUACUGAAUGGUCCGUCUGGUCGAGCUGUACCAAGACAUGUGGCGGUGGUAGACAGAUGAGAACCAGAAACUGUACAUCACCAUUACCAAUAGAUGGUGGUCUUGACUGUGCUGAUCUUGGUAUUGGUGGUGACGAAGAAAGCAGACAAUGUAACGCAGCUGUUUGUCCAGGACAGAUAGUUGAUGGUGGUUACAGCGAUUGGAGCCCGUGGUCUGCAUGUACAGUGACAUGCGGCGGAGGAUCCCGAAUGAGGAAUCGGAAAUGUAACAAUCCUGCGCCAGCGAACGAAGGAAAAACGUGUUUUGACCAGCAGCUUGGCUCAGAAAUGGAAUCAGAAGCUUGCAAUAUUGAACCAUGUGAAGGUCAAUGUGAGCCAAAAUGUCAAAAUGGUGGUCAAUGUGUAGGAAAACAAUGUCAGUGCACGGAAAUGUACGAAGGAAAAUCUUGUGAGAAAGCGAUAUGUAAGAAACGUUGCAUGAACGGUGGUUUGUGUUAUGAUCCUUUCAAGAAUCUUUGUCGAUGCAGAAAAGGUUUCUGUGGAUUGACAUGCGAGAAAAGUGGUAAAGCCUGUCAACUCUAUGUUUUCUACUUCCGCAUCACAAACUUGGCAAAGAAAGAUGUCGUAUUCUUCUCCAGUGAUGGUAUACCGAAGAAGGGAUCGUUGAUUGGCGCUACGUAUCGUAGGGAAAUAAAGAAGAAAUCUUUGAGCAAUGCUCCAGUCACAUUCCAAGUAAAAAGUGGAAAAAAUCUUCUUCUUCUCAAUACGAAGGCAGGAAUCACAAUCAUUCCAGGGAAAGUUGUAAAGCAACCUCUAUCUUUGACUAUAACGGAAUCCGUUUCCAGGAAGCUCUACUUCACUAAUCUACGAGUCACCAAUUUGGCGAAAGCAAAUAUCUUGUUAAAAGCGAGCGAUAAUGUGCCGUCAAAAGGCUUCAACAUCAAAUCAAAUGUCAUCGCUGAAAUAACAAAGAAAACGACGAAUCCUAAAGAAGUUUUGUUCCAGGCAUUCGAUGCUGCCACACAGAAAGCAUUGUGGGUUAAUGGUCGACAAUCGUUUAGUGUUAAACCUACAGAAACGAAAGGCUCGCCUGUGUCGUUGAUAAUCAAAACAACGGUUCCACCUGUAAAGAUUUACCAUAUUGUCUUGCAAGUCACGAACCUCGCUCGAACUGACGUCAUUCUAAUGCCGAGUGAUCACGUGCCAAAGCAAGGUUUGCUCGUGAAAAACAACGUCAUUGCUCUUAUAAAGAAAACAACUCAACAAUCGACAGCAGUCACAUUUACUGCGAUGGAUGCAAAAACAAAACAACAAUUUUAUAUUAACGGUGGCACAAGCAUUGGCAUUGUUCCUAGACUUGUUCCUGAUGCACCAGAACCUAUAACCAUCACAAGAUCAGCCGGAGAAAUCAAGGCUUCUGCAUAUUAUCUGGUGAUUCAAGUCAUUAACAAAACUCCACGUAAAAUCGUUCUCAUACCAGACGACAAUGAGCCAGCCCAGGGCUUCACGCUUGGUCCAAAGACGGUUUCUCUCAUCACGAAGACCGUGAGGGUGAAACAGCCGAUCGUAAUCACAGCAAUUGAUGCGGAGAGUGACGGGGAAUUACUCAUAAAUAAACAGUCAAAUGUGUCCCUGGUUCCAACCAUAAGUAAAGACCAUAUUGAAAGCUUGACAAUUUCCUCAGAUCCAGAAAGCGAAGAAAUAGAUCAACCUCAGGUCGAGCCAUUCUACUUCUGGUCUUUCCUGACAAUCAUCAAUAGAAAGAUUCCUGGUCAUCUUCCUUUCAACGUUCAAGGUCACAUCGAGGUUAUCGACGGUGGUUUAUAUUUUGAUGGUCUGACUGCAUUCCUGAGCGCAUAUCUCUCACCAGCUGAUAUCCUGGUUAACCCAGGUUUGGCAAAACAGGGUUUGGCUUUUGGCAUAAAGCUGAAGUUUGAUGGCACAGCAAAGGAAUAUGACACGCCAAGGUAUAUUCUGGAUACUGGGGCAGAAAGCGGCGGAAAGACAGGAAUAUCGUUUUAUGUUUUGAAUGGAAAAUUGAUCGCGUAUUUUGCAACGCCUAUGAAAACAUGGAAGACGGAAAUCAACUUAAUUUACGACAAGUGGCUCUACAUCAUCGUCAACUGGAGAUCAGAUUCUGGUCUUUUCAUUGCCCUGAAUGGCUUUCCAACAUCCUCUGAUCGCAAAGGCAGCCCUAAACCUGGACUAGCGCCUACAAUAAAAACCCCGAAUUUCUGUCUUGGGAGAAAUGUUGGCGGGAAAGGUUUCUACUACACUAAGUUUUAUCUCGCAUCUCUGGUCGUAUUCAAAGAAUUUCUAUCAGAUGCGCUGAUAUAUCCUGUGUAUAAGUAUUAUUGGAUCAACGUUCUCGUUCAACCAAGUAAACUCUACUUCGCCAAUCUCAAAGUCAUCAAUAAAUUCUCUGGUGCAGUGGAAAUAAAGUUCAGUGACAAUAUUCCUCCCAAUGGAUUCCUCUUGAAAACCAACGUCAUUGCCAAUAUUAAGAAAAAAACAAACAGUCCAACAGCCAUAACACUUCAUGCUGAGGAUCCCGUAACAAAGAAGACGCUAUUUGUAAAUGAUUUACCAAACCUUCGCGUCACACCAACUCAAUUCGAAGAGCAAAUGACGACUGUUACAGUCUCUACAAAAUCUGGAAUUGAUGGCACAAGUCAAUUCCAACCAGUAGGCUGCUUCAACGACAGACGAAACCCGAGACCGUUGCCUGAAAUGUUGCAGAGUUUCCCCAGUUCUCCAACUGAUUUAUCAGCUUUUAAAAACAACGUCAUGAGAUGUGCGCUACUUGCUAAAAAGAAAAAUUAUAAAUAUUUUGGAGUUGAGGCGUUUGGUGAAUGUUGGAGUGGACCAAGUGCGGACUCGACCUACUCAAAAGACGGGAAAUCUUUGCAGUGUGGCAAUGGAGUUGGCAAACCAAACGCUAUUUUUGUUUACAGAUUCACUGGUCAGGCCGCCGUUCCCCGAGCCAUGUUUUACCUGGCUGCAAACAUCUACAAUAAAUACGGCAAGCCAAUCAUUUUGAAAUCUUCAGACAACCAACCGGCUGAUCAGGUUAUACCGGUUAAUGGCGUGGCACAACUGACGAAAGAUAUACCAAACCAAACGCCGGUUAUUUUUGAAGCAUUUGAUGCAAGUUCACCAGAGUUAAGAUUGUCUAUGAAUGGAAGAAAAAGCGUCAGUAUCACACCUUCUACUGUGAAAGGAGCGCCUCAUACAGUGGAGAUAAAGGAUGGAGGUACUGCUUCUGGUGUUGAGAGCUUCACGUCCCCGAUCAGUAAAUCUUUGCUUGGCGAUGGUACAGGAAUUCUGACAUCUCCCUGGAAUAUAAUGUUGAUGAUCGUCAACAAAGUUGAUCGUAAUGUCAUUCUGUUCUCAAGUGAUAAUGAUCCUCCCCAAGGAUUCAAAAUUAAGCAAGGAUUCAUUGUGACCCUCAGUAAAACUUUGAGCAGUAAACAGCAGAUUAUAUUCCGAGCAAUCGAGGAUCCCAGCAGAGCAAAGGUUUUGUUGAAUGGGAAAGAGAGCAUCGAGGUGUCAGCGAAGCAGGGAAAACCUUCUCCUGUCACAGUAACUCUUACAGCGUUCAAAGGAGGUGCGAUUGCAACUGAGAGCAACAAAGGAGAAGUUGACGUUGAAGCUCCCCCCGUGGCCGCCAGACAUUCCUGGAUCUUUACUUAUAUAUUGAAUGGCAAAAUCCCGGGGGACGUUCCUCUUACCGUCCAUGGCAAGACUGUAGUGAAGAACAGUGUUACCAUUUUCGACGGCGUUUCUUCUUGGCUCGGUGCGACGCUGCCCAGCACAGAUUGUCUCAUCGCUCCGACUAACUGCAGAGAUGGUUUUUCUAUUGGUUUUAAGAUUAAUUUUAAAGGAUUAAUUAAGUUCCCUGAGGAACGGUAUAUUGUCGACACUGGUGUUUUGAGCAAAGGCACCCGAGGGAUCUCAAUAUAUUUACAGAAUGGUCAAUUGUUUUGUGUCGUUAUGACCAUGGCGUCGCAAUGGAAGCUUGGCAUGAGAAUAUCAGGUGAUGUUUGGAUGUUCAUUGGCGUUUCCUGGUCAGAGAACCAAGGUUUAUAUCUCUACAAUAACGGGAGGUUAAUCGCACAGACCAAGUUGAAAACACCUCAAAACCUGGUUCCUGUCGGAACCACAUCGCCCAAUAUCGUAUUUGGUCGGUCGUUAGCCGGAACAGGAUUUGCCAAAUUCUAUCUUGCCUCGUUUUCGAUCUUCACCACUUUCCUGGCAGAAUCUGGAAUGAGACCUGUUUACACUUAUUACUGGAGAAUAGGUUUAGCCAAACCCGCAGAUGGCAAGACCUUCAUCGACAUCAAAAUAUCCAAUCAAGCUGGAAGAGACAUCGUUCUUAUGUCAAGUGAUAAGGUUCCGCCCAAAGGAUUAACCAUCAUCAAAGGAGUCAUGUUAGACUUCGUUAAACAAUUCACCGGCGCUGUCACUGUAACUUUAACAGCGAAAGAUGUUAUGACAGGUCAGCUUAUAUUCCUUAAUGGAAAGAAGUCGUUGACAGUAAAAGCAUCCAGUGUUAAAGGGCAGAAAUUCACAAUAUUUGCCACGACAAAGCCUGGUUUGAUCUCUACUGAAACCUCACAAUAUUAUAUCGUUUUGAAAGUCCUGAACAAAGCUGGUUCAGAUAUUUUCAUAAAGUGCACAGACGGCGUCCCUAAGCAAGGUUUUGCUGUCAAAAAGGGUUUCAUCGUCGUCAUAACAAAGUUGACCAAUAGCAUCACACCUGUGGGAUUCUCAGCCAAUGAUAUUCAUGGAAAAGCGGUGGUACUCAACGGUAAAAGUCACUUGACUCUGACCCCAAGCGCCGUAAAACAAGAGCCAAUAAAAAUCACUGUUCAAAGCGCUCAAGGGUCUGUUGGACCAAAGUAUUACAUUGGGUUAAAACUCCUCAAUAAAGCGGGAUCCAAUGUUAUCUUAAAAACAAGCGAUCAUAAUCCGAAGUCUGGUUUUAAAAUCAAGCAAGGUUUGGUAGUUCUGAUAACAAAGACGGUCGCUAAUCUUCAACCAGUCAUGUUCACAGCAAUCGACAGCCGUGGAGGAAAUGUUAUCUUAAAUAAUAAGAUGAAUUUAAUUUUGAAACCGUCGCCGAUCAAAGGCCAACCGUUUACAGUCGCCAUGACACCCGCUCCAGGUUCAAAAGCCAUCUCCGUCUAUUUCACUUCAAUGAAAGUUAUCAACAAACACAGCAGCGAUAUUGUUAUCUUAUCCAGUGAUAAAUAUCCCAAGAAUGGCUACAUCAUAAAGCCCAAUAACAUCGCAGUCAUCACGAAGAAAUCAUCCAGCAACAUACCCGUAGAUUACUCUGUGUUUGACGUGAAGACGAAGAAACCCAUUUUGGUGAAUCAACACAGGAAAGUAACUCUGAAACCUCAUUUGGUUCGAGGUCAGCCUGUUAGUUUGCUCGUAGGUGGAACUGUCAAUGCAGCCAAGAAAACUGAGGUAGAAAGACCAACGACUACCGAAGAUACUCCAACAACUCUUGAGCAACAAGCAGCAAUGCCAAUCUAUUACCUCGUCCUAAAGAUUGCGAACCGCGCUGGUUCUGACGCCACAAUUAUACCAAACGAUUCUCAACCGCCUCAGUUCCAAGUGAGAAAAGGCUACCUCGAAACGGUGACGAAGAAAUCCCACAGCAAGCAAGCUGUUGUUUUCAAAGCUGUGAAGGCAGGAACAGAGCAGCGUUUGAGUAUAAACGGAAAAGACGAGGUUUCAUUAUUGCCCACGCUGAAAAAGGGAAAACCCAUUGUGUUAAACCUGAGAACCAAAGAAAAUAUUGUGCAAGAUGAAAAGUUAAAGCCAGAAAUAAAGACCCCUUUCUAUGUGAACUUGCAUGUUAGCAACCAGUCUCCCGGUGAGACUGUUUUCUUCCCAGUCAAAGAGUCUCCAAAGAGCGGAUUUCACUUGAAUCCUGGCACGGCUAUGAACAUCAAGGAGACUGUGGAUAGUGGUAAUCCGAUGACGUACAUGGCAUUAAGUGGAGAUAAUCAUAAACCAUUAUUACUGAACCAUCAAGCAAAACUCACCGUUACACCAGACGCUGAUAAAACAUUUAAUACUAAUGUGAAUAUUACCAAACCUCGAGGAGAAUUGACGGAGACGAAGGUUGAUGGAAACGCUCUUCAGAAAGAUUGUCACAUCGUCAGCUGCGCUGCACCCAAACCUCCCCAAGUCCCAGACCGUUACAUUUCGCUCAUUCUUCACAACAAACUGGGUCGAGCAGCGAGAGUCGUACCCAGUAAGGGAAAACAUAGGAACCGAGGAUACGUCAUUGGACCGCACAGUUUUGUCAAAGUCAGCAUUAUCAUCAAAGGAGAAAAGUAUGUUGAACCAAUCACCUUCCGAGGAGAAGACCUGGAAACUCAGUCGAAGUUCCUUCUUAAUAAAGCUCUAUUUCCAAUCUCACUCACUCCUUCGGAUACACCAAAAGCCGUCACGAAUAUCUCGAUAUCUGCGGAAGCUCCGCACGCCAGACCCAUCCAGUCAUGGUCUUUCUCAUCAUAUGAUGGCUCAGUUAUACCAGGCAGUCCCAGUCUCUCUGUACACGGUGAGGUCAGCAAGGCUGGAGAUGGACUACAUUUUGAUGGUUCAACGUCAUCAAUGGACACCUAUAUCGAAGGCUCGCAUUGUCUCCACGAUACAGAGCUCUGCGCGAAAGGAUUUAGCUUUGGCGCGAAAUUGAAGAUCGAUAAGAUAGCCAACGGUUAUACUGAGCCGAAGUUUAUAUUGGAUACGGGGGGGCACGGAAAGAAUACUCGGGGAGUUUCAUUGUUUGUGGAGAAUAAGAAACUUGUCGCUGAAGUCACGACCAAGAAGAUAAGAUAUAGGACGGAGACUCCCCUAGCAUUAGACCAAUGGAUAUACGUCAUAAUGACUUUCAAGAAAGGUCUUGGUUUAUCAUUGUACUACGACGCUCAGUUACGAAGCAUGGAUAAUACUGGGACACCUGUGCCUGACACGCAUCCUGUGGACAUGGACAAGAAUCUUCUGAUUGGUCGAAAUAUUGAAGGACCACCCUAUCAGUACGCAGCAUUUGAUAUGGCGUCACUGACCGUAUUCGAGGAAUAUUUACACGAGGAUGACGUCAGUCGUGUGUUCUUGUUUUUCUGGAGUGGAAAAUCAGCCAAGAUUUACUACUCAACCCUUCGUAUCAUCAACGGAGCUGGUCGUCCAGCCGUGUUGAAACCAAACCGAGGCAACGACGAUGGCUUCCCGAUCAAACCAAACAGCACACAACAGAUCGUUCUGAUGUCCAUGAGCACGGAUAAUAAUCCAAUUGAACCAGUCGCUUUCCACGCAAUUGAUGCAGAAACCUCAACCAAACUGAUGAUCAAUCAUUUUAUACGACCAUUUGUUGUGGUCCCCAAAGAAUCGAAGAAGGAAUUGACGACAAUCCUCAUAACUUCACCAGCCCCUUCGAUUCUUCCCAAGUUCAUCUGGAGUUUCAAACACGUGGAUAUGGGCGUGGUUCGCGACAGUGAGCCGAGGUUGAUGGUACAUGGUUUCUAUAAGCCAGAAGAAGACAGUUUGCGUCUUUUACCAGGCGAAACCUGGGUCGAUGUGGGAGAUUUUAGAGGUUCGUGUAUUAGUGAUCCACAGAUGUGUGACGAAGGAAUGGCGAUGGCGGUCAAACUCAAGUUUAAUGACGAGGCUAAGAACUACACUGAUGAGCCACGGUAUAUUCUGGACAGCGGUGCUCAUGACGCCCAGUCACGUGGCUUUAGUCUGCAUUACCAGGAUGGUAGAUUGCAUUGUGUUGCCUCAAUCUCGAAUGCAGAAUGGAAGGUCUCAGCGCCAAUCACUUUCCACGAAUGGAAAUAUGUUAUGUUCACUUGGAAGAAAAAUGAAGGACUUUCUCUGUACGUGAAUGGUCAUCUCGAAGAUCAUAUGAAACACUCCGUCAACAAACCAGGUCUUCACCAUAACGACAAGUUUACUCGUUUUGAAAUCGCACGAAAUAUCGCUGGCCCUCCCUACGGGCAUGCGCAGUUCACCAUCAACUCUCUCGCUUUCUUUGACGAGCAUUUAUCAAAAGCUGAUGCACUCAGAGAGUAUAUUUAUUACUGGGGAAAUGCAGCUCCCGCGUUUUCAAACCGUUACAUCAAAGUAAGGUUUGACAACAAAGCUGGUACGAAUGUACGCAUUACUCCAAGUAAAGGCGGCGCAAAGGAUCAAGGGUAUUCUAUCAAGCCUCAUAUGUCACUGGAACUCUCCUUUGUUGCCAAGGGAACGUCUGCGAAUGUUCCAGUCACGUUUCGCGCGCAGGAUGAGAUGUCAGGUGAUUCGCUCCUGAUUAACACGUCAGAGGAACCGCUGGCAGUUAGUCCAAGCGACUCGAAGACUCAUAUGACCGUUGCCACAGUAACUUCGUCAGUGAAAUGUCUAUCGCCAAAUGGUUUGUUCCCGGACCCAACAAACGAGUUUGGUUACAUCAACUGCACAGCGGGUUCAGCCAAGAGAAUACCGUGUGGAAUUGGUAUGAAAUGGGAGGAAGAGACGAAAUCAUGUCAACGUAAAGGCGGUCUCCCAACUCUGUAUUACGCAACACUCCAGCUUCACAAUAACGCUGGCAAAGAUGUUGAAAUUGUUGAGAGCGGCGGCCAGGAACCAGCACACUUGCUUACCAAGGGUGAAAUAAGAAAAAUAAAAUUAAUUGGCCAUGAAACUAAACAUUAUAAGUUUGAAGCGAUUGACAACAGUACCGGAGAAUCGUUAGUGUUAAAUAAUCAGGCUUUUUCAACUGUUACACUUGGUGAGGAUCCUGAUCGUGUUAUGGACGUCACGAUUAGCAAACCAAGUCACUUUUACACAGUAAUCACACACACUGGGACACAGCCAGACGCAGGAACAAGUGCAAACGUGUUUGUUCAAUUGAUUGGUAACCAAGGUCGAACUGAAGAAUUACCUUUAAAACAUUCUGGAGCCAAAGAAUUUAAUCCGGGACAAAUUGACAAAUUCCGUGUUCCUGCGUUGGAUAUUGGUAAGAUUAUUAAAGUAAAAGUAAAGCAUGACGGUGGAGGAAAAUCACCUUCGUGGUAUCUGAACAAGGUUAUAGUAAAAGAUGAUAACCUGCAGAACUACGAGUUUCCAUUUUAUGAUUGGUUGACUGGCGUAAACAGUGAGACAGAACCUGUGGAAAAACAGCUGCUGUUGUUUCAUGGAAAACGGACGUGUGUUCCUGUGUGUAAGAAUGGAGGCGAAUGCAUUGGAGGGAAGUGCCAAUGUCCAAGUCUAUUUGAAGGAGCAAGUUGCGAAAAAGCCUUGUGCCCAGUGCCUUGCAAGAAUGGCGGAGAAUGUGUGAAUCCGACUACAAACGAGUGCCGCUGUGCAAAAGGAUUCCAAGGACAAUAUUGUGAAAAUGCUGUGUGUACGCUGAGAUGUCUCAACGGUGGUAUUUGUAUUGGGCCUAACCGCUGUUUAUGUCUGCCUGCGUAUUCUGGACUCCGAUGCGAGAUAUCCUCGUGUAAACCAGAUUGCAUCAAUGGCGGAACUUGCAAAGAUGGCAAAUGUGAAUGUUCCUCGGGAUAUUCUGGUGAAUAUUGUCAAAUUGAACACACAUGUGAACUCCCACUUGAAAUUGGACCAUGUUUACAUGAUCUAAGACAAGAGAUCAAGAAUGGAAAAGCUGAUGAAAGAAGCGAAGGAUGUAGUAAAUAUCUCACUGAAGUAUUAAACAAUUGUCCAGCGCGUGGUUCAACCUACACCCAGGCUGAGUGCGAGAAACAAUGUGAUCCGACUGCAAACACAGUCUGUUCCAGAGUUUGGAAUCCAGCAAAAUGUCAGACGGACACUAAACGCUUUAGGUUUAAUGCGCAGACUCGAACAUGUGAUCAAUUCAUGUUCUCCGGUUGCCUAGGAAACAGGAAUAACUUCGCCUCGGAAAGUGCAUGUAACCAGGCAUGUUCCACAGACCUAAGAAGACGCAAACGACAAAGAACGCCAGGCUUUUUGGAGCAUUUUCUGAGGAGGCCGUUUUAACUGUGAGCCCGGAAAACUAUUAUGAAAUUUUAGGAACAUUUAUUUUAUUUAUUAGAUUUAUUUAAUGAAGUUGUAAAAUAUUUAGAUGAUUUUGUAUGAGGUAGUGCAGAUUUGUAUAUCUACCUGAUAUAUUUGACCGCAAAUAUUUGUAUAUAAAGUGUUGUUUAGUGAAGCUCCAACAUUGCAGUAUUUUUCAGCCAAAACUUCCUGGUUUGCCAGGAUCCUAUUUACGUUCAUUAGUGUUACUUAAGCUGUGUUCAUUGUCUUUGUAAGUUUAUGCAAAAAUUGAGAGAAUGGCAAAUAUGAAAUAAUAAACUCCAUACA